CUUACUUCCAUCUCCUUAUUUUUUUUUUGUCAACCCCUUUGGCCCCUUGAAUAUUUUCACGUGAUUUCACAGUUUCUUAAAACUUUAAAAGAAUCAUCUUAUAUUUAAUUUAAAAAUAUAAAUAAUUGUGGCAAGUACAAAUUAACCCAUCAGACCACAUAUAAUUAUGUCUAACUCCAAUGGAACUCCUCAAUAUGCUAAUAAAGUUUCUCGAGAACCAAUAACGCGUGAUGCUUCAAAAUCUGCGGUGGCAGAAAUAAGGAGGCUGUCUAGUAUGUCUGGAAAGAAAGACUUAUCAGACUUACAAAUUCCAACUAUAACAGAAAAUGCUGAAGACGUUACUGGUUUAAAAGGAAGAAUUCGGUUACAAAAAAUGGAUGAAAGAAAGAAUUCACGUAAUUGGAUGGAUCAACAGCGUAAAAACUUACAGGCAUAUGAAUAUUUAUGCCACAUUGGAGAAGCGAAAGAAUGGAUCGAAGCUUGUAUAGCUGAAGAAAUUGAUCCAAUUGUAACGUUGGAAGAAAGUUUAAGAAAUGGGAUAGCGUUAGCUAAAUUAUCUAAAUCCUUUGAGCCUUCAGUUGUUAAGAAAAUAUUUAUGUCACCUAAAUUACAAUUUCGACAUUCAGAUAAUAUUAAUUUCUUUUUUGCAGCAAUUCAAAAAGUUGGAUUGCCUAAAAUAUUUUGGUUUGAAUUAACGGAUUUGUAUGAAAAGAAAAACAUUCCAAAAGUAAUUUAUUGUAUACACGCUUUAAGUCAUUUGUUAUCUCGACGUGGAUUAACUCCGCGUAUUCGUAAUUUGGUGGGAAAAUUAGAAUUUACUGAUGAGCAAUUACAUACAACACAAAGAGGACUGGAUGCAUCAGGAAUUGUAAUGCCAAGCUUUGCUAAUGUUGGUAUUGCAUUAGCAGCGGAGCUUAAUGAACCAAUUCUCGAGACUGGUGAGCCGCAAGAACCUCAAGAACCUCAAGAGACUGAAGAAGAAAGACAGGCAAGAUAUUGGGAAGAAAACAAGAAUGCACUUGUAAAAUGUCAAUCAUAUGCAAGAACACAUUUAGCACGUAAAGAGUUAUUAAACCGUAGGGCGUUACAUGAAUAUUCUUUACCAAUUAUAAUUGCCCUACAAUCUCAAUGUAGAGGUUGGCUGGUGCGUAGAGAAUGGAAUCAACGAUUGAAAGAACUUGAAAAAUUAGAAAGAUGGAUAAUAAAGUUACAAAGUUUAUGUAGGGGAGUUUUAGCUAGAAAGAGAUUCAAAGAUAAGAGAGACUAUUUUCAAAAAAAUAUAGAUAAAAUUGUUAAAAUUCAAAGUUUAUAUCGAGCUAAACAUGCCGGAGACGCUUAUCGUAGUUUAACUAUGGGAAGUAAUCCUCCGGUUGGAACCAUAAAGAACUUUAUUCAUUUAUUGAAUGAUAGCGAUUUCGAUUUUGAAGAAGAAAUUGAACUUGAAAGGUUAAGACAAGCGGUAAUUCAAAGGAUACGAGAAAAUAACCAAUCAGAAGAUUUAUUGAAUCAACUUGACAUAAAGAUAGCAUUACUUGUUAAGAAUCGUAUCACAUUAGAUGAAGUAAUAGCGGUAGCAAAUUCGAAGAAACGUAACCGAAGAAUUUCACAAUUAAAUUCAAUAUCGGGGCCAUUUUCACUUAAAUCUUUAGAUAAAGAAUCAAGAAGACGACUUGAACUAUAUCAACAGCUGUUUUAUCUUUUGCAAACACAACCAAUUUAUUUAGCAAAAUUAUUUUUUAUAUUAAAUAAAUUAGGAUUUCCAGAGAAAACUAAGAAAUUAGUUGAAGGAGUUGUGCUCACAUUAUUUGGUUACGCACAAAAUGCUCGAGAAGAGUAUUUAUUACUUAAAUUAUUUCAAAAAUCGAUGAUGGAAGAAUUAGAAAAUAUCGAUUCAUUACAAGAAUUUUUACGUGGAAAUUUUAUGUUUAUGAAAUUGGUAGUACAUUACAAUCGUGGAGCGAAAGAGAGAAAAUUUUUGAGAGAUUUACUUGGACCUUUAGUUAAACAAGUUAUGGGAGAUGAAUAUAUGGAUUUAGAAUCUGAUCCUUUGAUCAUUUAUAAAACCUUAAUUAAUGCGGAAGAAUUAAGAACGGGACAACCUUCUAAACGUCCUAUUGAAAUUACCCAACAAGAAGCUUUAAAUGAUCCUGAAACUAGAACCGUAUUUAUUCAUCAUUUACAACGAUUAAGAAAAGAAACCGAUACUUUCUUAACUUCUAUUGCUAAUAAUAUUGAGAAAAUGCCUUAUGGUAUAAGAUAUAUCGCAAGAGAAUUGAAAAAAGCUUUAAUGAGUAAAUUUUGUAACGAACCUGAAGAUAAUGUUAUCAAGGUUGUUGGUCAUCUAAUUUAUUAUCGUUAUUUAAAUCCUGCUAUUGUUGCACCUGAAGGGUUUGAUGUGAUUGAAACGGUUGUUAGUCCAAUGCAACGUAAAAAUCUAGCGGAGAUAUCCAAAAUGUUAAAUCAGAUUUCUGUGGGUAAAUUAUUUACUGAAGAUAAUAUGUAUUUACAACCACUCAAUGAAUAUGUACAAUAUGCUGCGAAUAAAUUCUCAAUUUUCUUUAAAUCCGUAACUGAAAUUGAAGAUGCGGAAAUACAUUUUGGUAUUGAUGAAUUUGAUGAUCUCACGCGUACAAAUAAACCUAUAAUUUACAUUUCACCACAUGAAGUAUUUUCAAUGCACGACCUUCUCUUACAACGUCUUGAUUCAAUAUCUCUAGAUUCAAAUGAUUUAAUUCGACAAAUCCUUCAUGAUUUAGGUGAUGCGCCACCUACAGAUGAACAUGAUAAUUCAGAUGCAAAUACUAUAGCACUUACAUUAACAAGUAGACUAUCGUUGGACAAGAUGAAAGAACCAGAUUCAGAAAUUAAGCAUGUUUUUGUUAAAACAAAACGUUAUGUGUUAAGUAUAAUGAAAGUACAAAAUGGAAAAAACUUAUUAGAUAUAUUAGUUAAAUCAGUUACACUGCAAGAUGAACAAAUUUACAAAGAAAUUUGUAAAGCAGAUCAAGAAAAACGAAUCAAACAUAAUCAAAAUUUUAAUAAUAGAGUAAAUGUUGCUGGAGGAUUUAAUUCAGUUUCAAGAUCUAAUUCAAAUUCAACCACGUUUAGUAAUUAUAGUAAUACAAGUGGUGGAAAUGAAAGUAAUGGAGAUAAUUAUUUAAAUGACAUAUCUAAAAUGACAUUUUUGGAUCUGAAGAAAGUAACUUUACAAAAUAUUUUAAAAUUGGAGUCUGAAAAAAAAGUAACAAGACAAAAUAACUAUCAGGAUAUUCUUAAUAGUAUUGCGGUUGAUAUUAGGAAUAAACAUAGAAGAAGAGUUCAAAGGCAAAAAGAAUUGAAACAGUUAAGACAAACACUUUUGAAUUUGGAUGAGAAGAGAGCUCAUUUAGAUGAGCAAAUUAAAACAUAUAAUGAUCAUAUCGAUGUUUGUAUGCAACAAUUAUCAACAAAGAAAGGCAAAAAAUCGCGACUUGUCCUUCCAUUUACACGACAAUAUUUCCACAUAAGAGAACUUCAAAAAUCAGGUCGUGUACCACAAUUUGGUUCGUUUAAAUAUACAGCACAACGAUUACACGAAAAAGGGGUCCUAAUAUCAAUAACAGGUUAUUCAACAUUUGAUAAAAUUAGUUUCACAAUAUCAUCUGAUGAAAUAGGUAUUUUUAAAAUAGAAGCAAGUUAUGCUGGUAUUAGUGUACCUGGCGCUAAUAUGGAAUUAAGAUUAGAAGAUUUAUUGCAGUGUCAAUUCAACAAUAUUCAAGUAAUGACUUUAUUUGAUGGAAUUGCUAAAGUUAAUGUUAAUUUAUUAAUUUUUCUAAUUAACAAGAAAUUCUUUGUAUAAAAUAUUAAUAAUUAUAACUAAUAACUGAAGUAUGUAUGUAUGUAUUAAAAAAAAAUAUAAAUAUUAAUUUUUAACUUAAUUAAAA